GGCAAGAUGGCGGUAGCCAGCGCCAGUUCCCUGGAGUCGGCCCCGCGGAUCUUGCGGCUGGUGGCCGAGUGCAGCCGCUCUAGGGCACGGGCAGGCGAGCUGCAGCUGCCGCACGGGCCGGUGGCCACUCCAGUAUUUAUGCCAGUGGGAACGCAGGCCACCAUGAAGGGCAUCACGGCGGAGCAGCUGGACGCGCUGGGCUGCCGCAUCUGCUUGGGCAACACCUACCAUCUGGGUCUGAGGCCGGGUCCCGAGCUGAUCCAGAAAGCACACGGUCUCCACGGCUUCAUGAAUUGGCCCCACAACCUACUAACGGACAGCGGCGGCUUCCAGAUGGUGUCCCUAGUGGCCCUGUCUGAGGUAACGGAGGAGGGCGUCCGCUUCCGCUCGCCCUACAACGGCGAUGAGACCCUUUUGAGCCCCGAGAGGUCCGUGGAGAUCCAGAACGCGCUGGGGUCGGACAUCAUCAUGCAGCUGGACGACGUGGUCAGCAGCACUCUGACGGGACCACGUGUGGAGGAGGCUAUGUACAGAUCAAUCCGCUGGCUAGACCGGUGCAUUGCAGCCCAUCGGCAUCCGGAGAAGCAGAAUCUCUUUGCUAUCAUCCAGGGUGGGCUGGACGCGGAUCUCCGGACCACCUGCCUCGAAGAGAUGACCAAGAGGGACGUGCCUGGCUUUGCCAUCGGGGGACUGAGCGGGGGUGAGAGCAAGGGCCAGUUCUGGAAGAUGGUGGCACUGAGCACUUCAAGGCUGCCCAAGGACAAGCCCCGAUACCUGAUGGGGGUUGGCUAUGCCACCGAUCUGGUGGUCUGCGUGGCUCUUGGAUGCGACAUGUUCGACUGCGUUUUCCCCACGAGGACAGCGCGAUUUGGCUCUGCCCUAGUGCCUACUGGGAAUCUGCAGCUGAAGAAGAAGCAGUUUCAGAAGGACUUCCGCCCCAUAGACCCUGAGUGUGCCUGUCCUACCUGCCAGAAGCACAGCCGGGCCUUCCUGCACGCACUACUCCAUAGUGACAACACUGCCGCCCUGCACCACCUCACUGUCCACAAUAUUGCCUAUCAGCUGCAGCUGAUGGGCGCCAUGCGCGCCAGCAUCGUGGAGAAACGCUUCCCUGACUUCGUGCGGGACUUCAUGCGCACCAUGUAUGGGGGUCCCACCCUCUAUCCCCCCUGGGCCACUGAAGCCCUGGCCUCUGUGGGAAUCACACUGACUUGACUUCGCCUGGGGGAAGGAGGGAGGGGAUGGAAGAUA